CGUGUGUGCGCUCUCCGUGUGUCCCUUGUCGUCUGUUUUUAGUCAAUUAAUUGAACUGGACAACAAGUAAAAAUGUCGGCCGUAGAAUUAAACCCCCGACCUGUCCGGGUUUCUCCCUUAAUUAAGUUCACCAGAUGGAGUUUGUUGGGUCUUGGUAUUUUGUAUGGUGCAUUUCACCAUAAUAGGUUCAGUAAAAUAGAAAAUGCACGUAGAGAAAAAGAAGAGGCAGAAAGGCCUGCUAGGGAAGCUAGGCUUGCAGCUGAAAAGAAACGAGCAUCUGAAGCUGAAAUUAAGUAUCUGGGCGAACUUAUGACAACCAAUAAAUAAAAUCCCAAAAUGUAUAAUAGUGCUUAUUGAUAUAAUUAUAAUUAAUCAUGUUGUAUAUUGUAUUCAACUAAAUUGGAUUUUCCAUAUUAUUAUUUACAAACAUGUUAACUGUGGAACGAUAAAUAAAAUAAAGUAAGAGAACGCAA